CUCUAACUGAGCUGCAGUGCACGCUCACACUGAUCGGAGAAAUAACAUUAACAGCACUCUGCCUAUGAGGAGUACGUUCAAUACUCCUACACAAUGCUGCCUUCAAUAACCUCCUUUUGGGAUGUGUUUCGAAGUGUCACCCCAUCCCUGACCCUGACAGACACCUCCAGGUCCUGGCCAGCAGCAGCUCAACUCACAUUUGUCUUCCCAGACACUCAGUAAACACCUUUGUGUCCUCUUUCUUUAGAGGAAGGGGUCUUGCUGAGCUCACCCUGAAAUAUAUCACCCUGGACAAAAGGGCUGAAAGGUUAAGGAGCUCCAGGGGGUGGUUCAGCAGGGAGCUGGGGCCAGUUGCCUGUCAGAGACAAAGCUAUAAAGGCAGAGAGGGGCUAGGGACCACAUCAGACACAGAUGCUGCGAGUCCUGCCUCACCUCCCACCAGCCCUGGGCUAAGAAGAAGAUGCUGGGGCUUCGGUUGUGGCCUUGCUCAUUUUUCCUCUUCUUGGUUCUGCUCUCUGCCAGUGUUCAGACUGUGUCCUUACCAAGACAGAGGCUGCAGAUGCUCCUUUCACGAUUGCUGCCCCUGGAGCCCGAGUCCACGCUGACCGAAGAGGACACGAAGGAGGGGUCCAGCUUUGGUCCUCAGCUGCUCUCCUCCACUCUCCCCUUCCUCCCAUCUGGGACUAGAGCUGCCCGUCCAUCCCUCUGGCGCAAGAACCUUGCCAGUCGCAAGUGGGCACUGCCUGGAGAUUGGGCCUGGAAGGCCAUGCCCAGGGGUUGCUUCGGGCUGAAACUGGACCGAAUCGGGACCUUCAGUGGUUUGGGGUGCUAGCUUUGGAGGGCCUCCGAGGUGAGGGCCAAGAGCAUGGUGGGCUCGAGCAAGCGGGCAGGGAAGAAGUCCAGGGCAGAGUUGAGCGCACAGCCAGCGAGGGAAUGGGGCAGCGGGGCAGGCUGUGGGGCCGCCACCUGCCAGCCGCCGGGGCAAAGGCCGGGGCCGGGGCCGCCCCAAGCUGCCGGCGCGGUGCUGGGGCCGGGCCGGGGCGAGAGCAGGCGGGCGGGACGCCGCUGGGCGGUUCACCAGGCCCGCUUCUCUGCAGCCGGAGGGCACCCAGCCUCGGGAACCUGCACGGCUCGGGAACCUGCACCGGCUCGGGAGCCUGCACGGCGCACCGCUGCGCGAAGCCCUGAAGCUCCCGCCCCGCAAACGGGAGGCUGCGGCAGCGAGGAAGCGGCGCGGCGGUACGAGGAGGGGCUGCCCGGCUCCGCAGCUGCCCCCCGCGGCCGCUGAACCCCCGCUCCGCCGACAGCCCCCUCCCUGCUCCCCGUGCCUGAGGACUCGCUCAUUAAACAAGCUGUACUAAUUUGCCGCGUCCGCGCUCGGCGGUGGCUGCCCCCGGCCGGGGGGCGGGCGGGAGGCGGUGGCAGAGCCCGCCCGGCGCCCCCGGCCCCACGCGCGGGGCCGUGCCGGGUCCUGCCGGCGCCGCCGCCAUUCCGCGUGGGGCGUGCGGCACGCGCGGCUGCGGCGCGGUGCGGCCGGGGGGGCGGACACGGGUGAGGAGGUAUCGACCGGGCACGGGGCACAAGGGCCGCGCU